AUGGCCCCAGCCCGUCGCUCGCCCGGGACCCGCCUGCUGUUGGUCUACGUGGGGCUGCUGGCCGCCGUCGCCACAGCGGGCUCCGCGUCCCCGUCCCAGGAGCCUGGCGCACCUGCAGAGAGCCGCGCCCUGGAGGAGCCGCCGCCGGGGACCGAGCCGCCCUCCCGCGUCCUGGCUCACAGCAUCGAUCCCUGGGCUGCCUGGGUGCUGUUGCUGAAGCAGAACGAGAAGACCGUUAAUGACAGGAAGAGGAGCAGGGACAGGGCCAAGAACCUGGAGCCCGGCGUGCCAGGGCCUCCUGGGCCUCCUGGGCCUCCUGGGCCUCCUGGCCCCCGUGGCCCCCCAGGCCCCAUCACCUCUGCAGACGUCCUGCUGAAGGAGUUACGGCUACUGCUGAGAGGCGUCUCCGAGCCUUCCACGCGCAGCCCCAGCUCGAGCACCGCUGGGGAGGAGAAGGAGGUGGCGGCAGGGGACAUACUGGCGCUGCUGGCCGCCCGUCCGCGCGUGGAAGCCGCCUUCCACUGCCGCCUGCGCCGGGACGCUUCGGUGGAGCGGCGCGCGCUGCACGAGCUGGGUGUCUACUCCCUGCCCGAAGUCGAGGGCUCCUUCCACCGCGGUUCCGGCCUCAACUUGACCAGCGGCCAGUACACGGCGCCCCUGGCUGGCUUCUACGGGCUCGCCGCCACGCUGCACGUGGCGCUGCCUCCGAGGCGGGGGUCGCCACGGCCCCGGGACCGCCUGCGCCUGCUCAUCUGCAUUCAGUCCCGGUGUCAGAGCAACACAGCACUGGAAGCUGUCGUGGGUUUAGACAGCAGCGGUGAGCUCUUCACCAUCUCGGUCAAUGGCAUCCUCUAUCUAAAGACAGGCCAGUACGCCUCCGUGUUCCUGGACAACGCCAGUGGCUCCUCCCUCACGGUGCGCAGCGGCUCCCAGUUCAGUGCCAUCCUCCUGGGGGUGUAA